CAAAAUUGGAUUUGGUAUUCGGAGUUGUAAGCACUGGCGAUCGAAGUGCUUGGAUUAGUUCUCUAGUUCACCUGCCCUCCCAUCGACUUUGCAAAAUUGGAUUUGUAUACCUGUCGACACUACAAAUACUUCCAUAUAGGCGGCGGCCUUCGUUGAGUGCUCUGUCGCUAGGGUUUCUGGAGCGAGAGGUCAUGUUUCCAUCUACACUUAUUGGGACUGGUGAAAACUGGACAUUGAUGAAGACUAUCAGUGUGACUGAGUACCUGAACUAUGAAGCAGGUAAAUUCUCCAAAAGUAAGGGAAUUGGAGUCUUUGGUAACGAUGCAAAAGAUACAAACAUACCAGUUGAAGUAUGGCGAUAUUACUUACUAACAAAUAGGCCUGAGGUCUCGGAUACCUUAUUCACAUGGGCUGAUCUGCAAGCAAAACUGAAUUCUGAAUUACUCAAUAACUUGAGAAAUCUUAUUAAUCGAGUGUUGAGCCUAGUAGCAAAACCUGAAGGCCAAGUAUAUGCUUCUAUCAUUCCUGACGCUCCAGGUGCAGAAUCACAUCCCUUGACCAAGAAAUUAGCAGAAAAAGUUAGUGAUUUUGUUGAUCAAUACAUCGAGGCCAUGGAGAAGGUUGAACUAAAGCAAGGAUUGAAGACUACAAUGACGAUUUCUAGUGAAGGGAAUGCAUAUUUGCAAGACAGCCAAUUCUGGAAUCUCUUUAAAAAAGAUCCAUCUUCCUGCAACAUCGUUAUGAGAACUUCAGCUGGACUAGUAUAUCUGCUUGCAGCUUUGUUAGAACCUUUCAUUCCAUCUUUCUCUGUUGAGGUAUUAAGGCAGUUAAAUUUGCCAAGACCACAUCUAUCAUUGUGUGAUGAAAAAGGAGAUAUUGAUAGGGCGCGGAGACCUUGGGAGAUUCUACCUUCUGGUCAUGACAUAGGCACGCCAGAACCUUUAUUUAAGGAACUGAAAGAUGAAGAGGUAGAGUUCUACAGGGAAAUAUUUGCUGGAAGUCAAGUUGAUAGGAUAGAGAUGGCAGAUGCUGCAAAGAAGGUUGCUGAACAGCUGAAGAAAACAAAAAUUUUAGAUAAUGCUAUUAUGUACUUGUAAAAAUAGUAACCUAGAAGCCUAAAUUUAUUUAAGUUCAUCCUAGAUAUCAGAUCUUACGUUGAUUAACAAUUAUUUAAUAAAUUUUCUAUAUGUGAAUACUUUUGGUGAGGGAACCUUUAUUUUGUUUUUGGGAGAACAUACCUUAUUUUGGAAACUUAAGUGUUGCUCCAAAAAUCAAUUUUGUGGGCCUUUUGUUUCAAUCUGUGCAGGAAAGAGUUGGGUGUC